AUGAAUGCAAAGUCGAAAAGAACUGCUUUCCUAUUGAAAACACUGUUAAUACUUCACUUAAUACUGUUCCCCAGCGUGUCAUCCGUGGUGUUGAAGAAGAUUACGAGAAAUCUGUUGCCAUCGCAUUACAACCACACCUCCAAAAAGAUACAGAUCGCUGUGUUAGGGCCGGGCGAUGACGACUCGCCCUACUCUUUGAAUAAGAUAUUGCCGUCGAUUCUGUUGGCCAUUCGCACCAUCGAAGACGACUCCCGGUCGGGUCGACUCAAAUGGUUGGGCGGUUGGGAACACGGAGUGGAACUCCUAUACCGCGACACUCAGUGCUCGUCGACGUUGGGACCGUUGGCGGCGUUUGACUUCUACACGACAUCCCGGGCUGACGUAUUUCUGGGCCCAUUGUGUCCCUACGUGUUGGCGCCGGUGUCGCGGUAUUCGUCCAUUUGGGAGAUACCGAUCCUGACGACCGGCGGGCAGGAGGAGGGGUUUGACCACAAAGAACCGCAUUACCGGUCACUCACUCGCAUGAAUGGGUCCUUCCAACAGGUCGGCCUCAUCUUUGUUCAGGUCACCCUUCACCAUCGGGACCACAAAGUGCUGAUGCUACUGGCCAGGUCUCCGGUGAGGUUGACGAAGAAGUGCAAUUCGCGGCAGAUGACGACUUUGGGCCGCAAAACCAAUUUCCACACCUCUUUCGAUGAGACGAAGACUGAUAACAAUUAUAGCGAACUGUUGACAAGAAUAUCAAAAAAGGCCAGAAUUAUAGUGAUGUGUGCCUCGUCUGAAACGGUCCGACAAAUACUGCUAACGGCCUAUGAUUUGGGAAUGAGUGACAGCGGAGAGUAUGUCUUCUUUAACGUCGAGCUAUUUACCAGCCAAAAUGGGUCGCGUAGGCCGUGGUAUCACUCGUCGGACAGUGAUGUGAAUAACAUGAGGGCUAAACUCGCCUAUCAGUCGCUGUUUAAACUGACGGCUAGAGUCCCAGAAUCUCACGAAUACACGGAAUUCUCCAAAGAUAUCAAAACUAUCGCCAAAAAUGAGUUCGACUUCAGCUAUGGGCGCGAAGAAAUAUCGACAUUUGUGACGGCUUUCCACGAAUCGAUAUUCCUGUACGCCUUAGCCCUCAACGAGACAAUAGCUGAAGGAUUUUCAUCAGCAAAUGGAAGUGUAAUAACACGUAUUACCGGUAAUGUGAGCAUCGAUGGGAACGGUGACAGAAAUGUGGACUAUUCCCUGCUUAAUAUGGAGCCAAAUAGUGGCAACUAUGAGGUGGUGUCCAACUAUUUCGGAGUGAGCCAGCAGUUUGUGGACGUGCCCAACAAACGCAUCUAUUGGGCGGGAGGGCUGACGGGUCCGCCGCCCGACACUCCCGUCUGCGGCUUCGAGGACGAGAAGUGCGCCGACGACGUGGCCUCGCAGUACGCCAUCGUCUCCGGCAUACUGUCCGGUCUAUUGCUGGUGCUGUUCGUGGUCUUCAUCAUUGUGUACCGACACUACAAACUGGAGGCCGAGUUGGCGUCCAUGACCUGGAAGAUUAGGUUUGACGACAUCAUCACAUACUCCGGCAUUAAUAACAGACAGGGAUUUGGAUCGCGAAUG